AUGAAAACGCUUGCAAAAACAUUAUGCUGGGUUAAAGAAUCAGGGCCACCAAUCACUCUAAUGUGGGUCUUGACCCGCUGUGACGAGAGGUUCCUGCUAGACCUCAACGUCCACAACCCAGUGGAUGAUGCCAAUACCCACCUCACCUUCCGGGCCUGUUCGAAUCCCGAAGCUGCAGUGGCGGCUCGGGGUGGACAGCUCACUUCAAGACAGCAGCUCUCCUACAAUACCACCUCCAAUGACGACAAGUUCCACACGGUUUCCGCUGUAACCACGCCAUGCGGCAAUAGUGUACUGCAGACUAGGGUCAACGUCCAGCUGGGAUGGUGGGACAGCGAAGGACCCUCUGAGGACGCUGCUACCGCUAGGGAUGUCGCUGCAGCCGCCGAGCAGUUGAGCCACUAUCUCAGCAGCGACGCAACGUGCGGAGGGCGCAUAAUUCUAUCUUCUUACAGAGGAGCCAUCGUGGGUGUCCACGUUGGCUCACAGGUGGAGAAGGAAAGUGCUGCAAGCCUCAUCGACAAGUUCGCCAAAGAUACCAGCUCCAGACCCCCAAAUGCUCGUGACCGCUCUGCUGCCCAGUUAUGCGGUGGUGAAGCGUCUUCCUCAGCUAUCGAUAUCUUUGGUUGUCUCGAUGGCUUUGACAGGAGCUCUACGUGGCCCGACGUGUCUCUCAGCACGAUCCCGGGCUCCAAUAUCAAAAUUACGCCUGCGCCCUCAGAUGGUGAAAGCGAAACUAACAGUGGCCUCGUCGCACGCGCAACCUGCAAGUAUACACAGGCAGGGGCUGGGGACGGUUGCUAUGCGUUGGCCGCACGCUGCGCAAUCACCCAGGCCCAACUGGAGAGCUACAAUGGCGGGGCAUCGUUCUGCACCAAGCCUAUCAUUCUUAACCAGUACGUAUGCUGCUCAACCGGGACCCUGCCAGAUUUCUCGCCCAAGCCGGGCGCAGACGGCUCUUGCUUCUCCUACACAAUCUUGCAACACGAUAUCUGCAACACUAUCGCCACUGCCCACCAUACUACGACAGCCAAUAUCGAGGCUGUCAACAAAAAUACAUGGGGUUGGAUGGGCUGUGGCGACCUCCAGCUUGGUCAGCACAUAUGUCUUAGCACAGGAACUCCGCCUAUGCCGGCGCCUGUUGCUGGCACCAUUUGCGGGCCUCAAGUCCCUGGGACCAAAGCCCCGGCGAAAGGGACUACACUAGCCAAGUUCUGCACUAUAACCAACUCGACAACAAAGGCCCCUGGAACAGCUGCCGUAGGGACCUAUGGGUGUAUCUCUGACUGCGGCGUCGACAUUAUUGAAGGCGCCUCUUCAGAUGUCGCAUACAGGAGGAUUGCAUACUUUGAGGCGUUUAGCGCCGACCGGGCCUGCCUUCAUAUGAACCCGUCUGAUAUCGACACCAGCAUCUACAACUACGUCCACUAUGCCUUCGGUUCUAUUACUGCAGACUUUCAAGUAGAUGUCAGCACUUACCCAGAGAAAUUUGCCAACUUUGUCGCUCUUAAAGGCACUAAGCGUAUCAUGUCCUUCGGCGGCUGGUCUUUUUCAACUGAUGCCGAUACGUCCCCAAUCUUCCAUGCGGGCGUUACGGAUGCUCAACGAGCCACAUUUGUCAAAAGUCUGCUUGAGUUUCUUAACAAGUAUAACCUUGACGGUCUAGAUUUCGACUGGGAGUACCCUGGUGCGACUGAUAUCAAGGGAGCCGAACCGGGAACUCCUCAAGAUGGCGUCAACUACCUCGCGUUCCUAAAGUCCGUGAAGGCGGCGCUGCCUGCGGGUAGGACGGUAAGCAUCGCGGCGCCGGCGUCGUACUGGUAUCUGCGGAAUUUCCCUAUUGCUUCUAUAAGCAAAGUUGUCGAUUACAUUGUCUACAUGACAUACGAUCUUCAUGGGCAAUGGGACUAUGCCAACAAAUUCGUCAACGAGGACUGCGAGAAUGGCAACUGUCUGCGGUCACACACCAACUCCACUGAGACCUACUACGCCAUUUCUAUGAUCACCAAGGCCGGCGUGCCCCUGAACAAGGUCGUGAUCGGUAUGGCCCGCUAUGGCCGAAGCUUCGAGAUGGCAAAGGCUGGAUGCACAGGUCCGCAGUGCCUAUCUACAGGGCCAGAGUCUGGCGCGACGCCAGGGCCUUGCACCAAUACAUCCGGGUAUAUAUCCAACUAUGAAAUCAACCAGAUCAUCAGCUCAGCCAACUCCCCGGAUCUUUACGGCAGCAGGAAUAUAACGCUGCUUAAGGAUCAUACAGGCGAAUCAUUUACCAGGGGUGGGUACAACGAGCUCCUGAACGGCGACAUCCUCGUGUACGACGACACGCAGUGGGUCUCGUACGUGGCGGACAGGACAUAUGCAGCGCGGCUUUUUUACUGGGGGCAAUACCAUACCGGCGGAUCGGUGGACUGGGCGAUAGACCUCGUCUUUGACUACUCGCAGGGCUCCAAGUCCGAUGGCACCGACGACGGCGACGACGGCGUCGUGCCCCCCUGCGACUUCACCAAGAACUACAAUAACCUUGACGAUGUCGUCGCUGCCGUGGGCUCGAUCGCCAAGCAGUGCGCAGAGAUCUUCACUGUGAAUGCCCUUUCCAAGGAGCUCGCUGCCGCCCUUGCAAACUACACCAGCGUUGACAACGACUACGACAGUCUCUUUGGCUACUACGUCGAGGCCAUCAAGGAGGAGGUGCCCAACGCGAUAGCCCAUUUCAUGAACUCUGUCGACGGCCCUGGUAACAAGUACUUUGAUUGCACAUGGCAAGUCCAAGGAGCUACAUGCCUUUUCGAUCUCAAGAACUCGACCGGCUUCUACGCGGACCUCUCCGCCAACUACGGAAUUUCUGCCGACUGGGUCUCCUUCGGCGACAAAGAUUUCCCCCCGCCAACGGUGAAUGGUCACCAGAGUGGCAUAUACAGCUACUGGAAGGGCCUCCCCCAGGGCUCUGGCAACGUCAAUCCCACCAACCCCAAGGACAUCGUCACUGCCGCUCUGCCCAACAUGACCAUGCUGCAGUCCACCAUCGACUCCACGUGGAUGAACCAGAUACUCGGGCAGUGGCAAGGCUCGGGGACGGACCCAGCGCAGGUGCUCGCCAUGCCCAUCGCCAUGAUCCAGCAGGCCAUCGACUCCCUUGCGCAGGUCAAGGUAAUCAGCAAGGCGCAGUCAAACGCCGACCGCCAGAAGCUGAUCCUGGAGAUCAUCACCGCAGUGCUGAUAGUUGUUCCCUUUGUAGGCGGCCUCGGCGCGGAUAUCGCGGGGCUCGCUGACCUGGCUGGCGCCAUUGGACUCAUUGGCAUGCUGUCUAAUGGCGCCGCGGACAUCUUUAGCAUUGUCAAGGACCCCAAGAGCGCACCCAUGGUUAUCUUUGCCGAUUUGCUCGGUGUUGGGGGCGGUGGCACUAUAGGUAAGGGGGAGCAGUUUGGGAAACUGGGAAAGCUGCGUCGUGCUAUGACUGUCGAUGAUGUCUCUAAGCUGGGGAAUGUCUUUACACUUCUUAAUAAUCUUACCUCUAAGAUCGAUAAGAUUAUUAAGAAGUGUAGUUAG